AUAAAAACAGAGCAAAACCAUUAAUGGCCUUUCUCUCAUCGAUACCAACAACAAGACACGGCACAACUAAUCUCCUCCCUCUCCUGCCGUCUUAAUUGGUUUCUUCAUCUUCCUAAUUCAAGUUUCUUUCUUUCACCGAUUUCUUGUUCGUUGAUUCUUCGCCCUCAUGUGAAUCUGAAGCAAAACCUCCAUAACUCGAACGCCACCGCCUGCAAAUUUCUUCCGGGCAUUUCAAAAGGAUUGUGAAGAAUCGAGGAACCUGAGACGAAACAGGAUCGCGGAAAGAGAGAUGUGUUGGCAAAUUUCAGUUGAUUGGGAAUGAACUUAGUCACAAUAGUUCACAAGGCUAUCCUUCUUUCCAAACGUAGUCGCUGCUACGUUUUAUAUGCUUGGACCGCGACCGUAUAAGACUGGGUUUGCAGUAUGGUGUACUGCUAAGAGAUUGUUGAACCCUUUUUUCCGGAAAUAAAGAAAAGAACUUGAUCAAGUGCACCAGAAGAACGAAGAUCCAAAGGAGUAAAUCAUUUGCAACAAGAGAGGACAAGGGAUUUUUACUUAAUUGCUAUUAGAAAUAAAACAAGUUUUGGGUAGGUUUGGACUCUCCAUGGCUCCUGGUGGCAGUGCGUUGAAAGAAGCUUUAGAAUCUAACUCGACAGGCUUAGAUUAUGAGGUUAAGAUGUCAAGGGUUGAGACUAAUAGCAAACCAACAAAGUCAGGUAGUGGCCCCAUUGGAAAAUUCCAUUCGAGCAAUGGUGUUUAUGAGCUCCUCGAAUGUCUGGUUUGUACAAAUCUAAUGUAUCCUCCAAUUCAUCAGUGCCCGAACGGCCACACAUUGUGUUCAAGCUGCAAACUGAGAGUGCAGAACACAUGCCCUACAUGCCGCUAUGAGCUUGGUAACAUAAGAUGCUUGGCUCUUGAGAAGGUUGCAGAAUCAUUGGAAGUUCCAUGCCGGUACCAAAAUUUAGGGUGUCAUGACAUUUUUCCGUAUUACAGCAAGCUCAAGCAUGAGCAGCAUUGCAGGUUUCGAUCCUACAACUGUCCUUACGCUGGUUCUGAGUGUUCAGUGACGGGUGAUAUUCCAACGCUUGUUGACCAUCUCAAAGAUGAUCAUAAAGUUGACAUGCAUGAUGGAUGCACUUUCAACCACCGUUAUGUGAAGUCAAAUCCGCACGAGGUCGAGAAUGCUACAUGGAUGCUUACGGUCUUCAACUGUUUCGGAAGACAGUUCUGCUUACACUUUGAGGCGUUUCAGCUCGGGAUGGCACCAGUGUACAUGGCGUUUCUACGGUUCAUGGGAGACGAGAACGAGGCUAAGAAGUUCAGUUAUAGCUUGGAAGUUGGAGCUCACAGCCGCAAACUGACAUGGCAAGGGAUUCCCAGGAGCAUCAGAGACAGUCACAGGAAAGUCCGAGAUAGUCAAGAUGGACUCAUAAUCCCUAGAAACUUGGCUUUGUACUUCUCUGGCAGUGACAAAGAAGAGCUCAAGUUGCGAGUCACUGGACGGAUUUGGAAAGAAGAAUAAGCUAAUGAAUGAUGAUGAUUCAUGAUGCCAAAGCAAAAUGGGAAAUAAGAAGAGAAGAAAGAAAAGUAAGAGUUGAUUGAAUCUAAACGGAUGAUGUACAUAACAGCCUUGAGAGAGCUUCCUGAUCAUAUGGAAGGAGUUGAAAAUUCGAAAUUUUUUCUUCAACUUUCUUUUUUUCAGUAACUAUGAGAUAAAAAUUAUCCCAUGAUCGGUUGAAAUAUUUUGUGGUUUGCAAUAUUACAAUCUGUGUCUUGUAACCUUGGUUUUGUUGGAAAAAAUAAAGACCAUCUUUUUUGUUCUA